UUGUGCGUUCUGCUUGUGGUGUGAACCCUCACCACCAGGGGGCAGAGUUGGCUGAACCUUGCCCUGCUUCCUCUGCUGUGUUCUUCACUGGUCUCGUGUUGUCAGGAGCUCAUGUGCUUUUUUUCCCUUUCAGACAGAAGAAAGACAGUCAUUUAGAAAUCCUGUCGGCCAAUAGUUGCUAUUAUCGCUGUAGAAAUGAGGAUGAGGAGAGCCGUGUCCGCCCUUCUCUCCGUGUAUGUGUCAGUUCCUGUCAUCCUCUACCUGUUCCCCUGGAUCCUGGGACAGCUCAUCUAUGCUCACCUGGUGAGGUUUCCAUUCUUCGUGGAUCUCAGCCAACCUGAAGACCUGCUGAACCACACACACAACUUCUACCUCGACACGGAGGAAGGCGUCUCAGUGGGAGUCUGGCAUACGCUCCCUGCCGGCCAGUGGGAGGAGGCUGCAGAGAAAAGUGCGGAGUGGUAUCAGAGGACUCUGGGACAUGGUCAACCUGUUAUCAUCUACCUCCAUGGAAAUUUAGGAACCAGGGCGAUAAAUCACAGAGUGCAACUGGUCAAGAUCUUAAGUGCAGCAGGAUACCACGUCUUCUCUUUGGACUACAGAGGUUUUGGAGAUUCCAGCGGCGAGCCCAGCGAGGCUGGACUGACCCGAGACGCCGUCUCUCUGUACCACUGGGUGAAGAGUCACAGCGGGGUGAGUCUGGUCUGUCUGUGGGGACACUCGCUGGGCACUGGGGUGGCGACAAACAGCGCAGUGAAGAUCCAAGAAGAAGGGUCUGCUGUUGAUGCUUUAAUCCUCGAAGCUCCCUACACAAGAAUCGGAGACGUCGUCGUCAAUCAUCCCCUCUCGAAAUUGUACACGUUCCUCCCAGGAGCUGAGAGUUUGCUUUGGAACGCCCUGGAAAGGAACAACAUUGUUUUUGCAAAUGACGAAAACUUGAAGACGCUGAGCAGUCCGCUCCUCAUUCUGCACGCAGAGGACGACUACAUGGUUCCUCAUCACAUGGGUCUGAAGCUUUAUGAAAUCGCACUCCAGGCCCAGAGAGAACGACACACCGGCGUUCCGGUGGAGAUGAUCUCCUACAAAGCCGAACUGGGAUACUCCCACAACGACGUGUACUUAGAUCCCAACUUAUCAGACAUAGUGGGGAAUUUUCUGCAGAAACUGAGACCGUGACAUUUUGUUCCUGGGACUGACCGGGGAAAAAAAAGAAAGAAAAAAAAAAAGAAAAAGCAAUAUGUUCCCUUUCUAACGUCGAGAUGGACUUAAAUAAAAAGUCUUUAAAU